AUGGCCUCGACAAAUGGUGAAACAGUCCAGGCUCGAGUCCUCUGCCCAGAGAAACUCUCCUCGGACGGACUCGCUCUGCUUCGGAAAAACCUCAUUGUCGACGAGAGGCAGGGUCUAACGCCCGAGCAACUUAUCUCAAUCAUCCCGGACUACGACGCCCUUCUUGUUCGCUCUGAGACCAAAGUCACGAAUGAUCUGCUGCAAGCAGCCCGCAAGCUGAAAGUAGUUGCUCGAGCGGGUGUCGGUGUAGACAAUGUCGAUGUCCCCGCUGCGACAAGGUUGGGUAUCGUCGUGGUGAAUUCUCCAAGUGGAAAUAUUCAGGCUGCUGCGGAACAUACUAUUGCCCUGUUGAUGAGCAUGGCGAGAAAUAUCCCGGACGCCUGUGCGAGCCUCAAGGGAGGGAGAUGGGAGAGGAGCAGGCUUGUCGGUGUGGAGGUCAAGGGUAAGACCUUAGGGGUCGUGGGACUCGGCAAAGUUGGACUGAUUGUCGCUCGAAUGGCUCGUGGACUGGGCAUGAAUGUUGUCGCAGCAGACCCCUACGCCGCUCCAUCAGUGGCAGCUGCCGCCAACGUCGAGCUCGUCGAAACCCUGUCCGAGCUUCUGCCUGUCGUCGACUUCCUGACCAUUCACACACCAAUGCUUGCCGCAACACGCGGCAUGCUUUCCACGUCUGAACUCAACUCGAUGAGGCGAGGUGCUCGCAUCCUCAAUGUCGCUCGCGGGGGCAUCAUCGACGAAGAAGCCCUUCUUGCCGCAUUGGACUCUGGACAUAUAGCCGGCGCGGCAAUAGAUGUUUUUACUUCGGAACCACCACACAAAGACGCCAAGUCCUCGGCAGCAAGACUCGUCCAGCACCCUAAAUGUAUCGCAACACCACAUCUAGGCGCAUCGACGGUUGAAGCACAAGAAAACGUCUCCAUUGACGUCUGCGAACAGGUUCUACAGGUCCUCGCAGGAGAUCUACCGAGAAGCGCCGUAAAUGCCCCUAUUAUCCUUCCAGCUGAAUAUAAGACUCUCCAACCCUUCGUACGGCUUGUGGAAAAGAUGGGCUCUUUGUACACGCAACACUUCACAUCCCCCACGCAACCGCUCCAUCAAAGGAACAUGAAUACAUUUGACCUCAUCUAUGAGGGCGAGAUAGCAAAUAUGUCAAGUACGAAACCGCUUUUUGCAGCCCUUAUCAAAGGGCUUACCUUGCCAAUUUCUGACGCCGAGGGGUUCAACGUCAACAUAGUCAAUGCGGAGAUGGUUGCCAAAGAGAGAGGGAUAUUUGUCAACGAGCAGAAGUCGAGAGAUCCAUCCACGCUGGCGUAUUCAAGCUUGGUUACACUGAUCGCACGCUCUGCCAGCAGAGCCCCUUCUCUAACUCGACAUCCUAGCGCCCUCGAAGGGCUCUCUCUAUCAUCCAACGUAGCGAGCGACCAGCAAGCACAGCUCGCUAGCAAGCAGCACAUCAUUUCUGGCUACUGCAGCGACAACUCCCCCGUCAUUUCGAGACUUGAUCGCUUCGCAACCUCAUUUGCCCCUGAAGGCACCCUGUUAAUCUGUCACAAUUAUGAUUCGCCGGGGAAGAUUGGCGUGGUGGGCAGCAUUCUCGGCAGAGAAGGUGUGAAUAUUAACUUCAUGAGUGUGGCACCUGCAACAUUCUCCGCUGGCUUAGCCCCGACGGGUUCGAGUUCCGUGAAGGAUUUCGCGCCCAACCCUCCUGCCCCCAAAGAGACCACCGAGGCGCUCAUGAUCCUGGGCGUGGAUAAGGAGGUUGGAGAUGGUGUCAAGAGAGAGCUGAUUGGGGCGAAGGGUGUGCUGAAUGUCAGCAGCGUCACUCUCUGA